AUAAAGAUAAUAUGUAACCCCUUCACCGGCGUCAAUUCUGCUCAUGUAACUCUAAAAUUCCGAAAGCAUAAAUGUUUUCCAGGGUUGGGGAUUCUCGUGUUGUUUGAUAUGAUUCUGAUGAGUGCAUUUACAAGUUUAAGACGAGUUUCAAUCCUUAGUCGCCAUUUUGUCGGCGUUCAGCAAACGUCUAAUCGACUACGUGCUUUGAGCAGGAUGGCGUUGAACGAAGACGGGAAACCUACGGCGGGGAUCAUAAUCAUUGGUGAUGAGAUCUUGAAAGGCCAAACACUUGAUACCAACUCACACUUUAUCUGCACUGAACUCUACAAGCUGGGGGUCAGAGUUGAAAGGGUCUCUGUAAUCCAUGAUGAUUUAUCAGUUAUUGCCGAGGAGGUUGCUUCUUUCUCCAAACGCUACACACAUGUUAUCACAUCAGGGGGCAUCGGGCCUACACAUGAUGAUGUCACCUUUGAAGGUGUAGCCAAGGCCUUUGGAGAGGAGAUAGUCCCACACCCUGAGCUGGUGAAGUUAUGUAAAGAUUACUUCGGAGCCAACAGCUCUCUGGACUCACCGCAACUCAAGAUGGCUCUGGUUCCGAAGUCUUCGACCCUGACGUUCGGUACCAACCUCAAGACAGGGCAGAAGAUGCUGUACCCAAUCAUCUCGGUCAAGAAUGUCUACAUCUUCCCUGGCAUUCCAAAGCUCCUAGAGGGCGCUUUCCUCUCACUCAAGGAGAAAUUAUUCCAAGGAUCUCCUGUCCACUUCCAUCUUCGAGAGAUUUACGUCGGCACACAUGAGAUAGCCAUAGCUCCAUACCUUAAUCAAUUCAAUGCCAAGUACAAUGGAAAAGUACAUCUUGGGUCUUAUCCAAAGCUUAGCCACAGUUACUACACAGUCAAGGUUACGUUAGAGUGUGAAGAUGAAGAGACAUUAAACAAAGCUCAUAGUGAACUUCUUUCUCUGCUACCUCAAGAGCACAUUGUAAACUAUGAGCUAGACCCUAUCGGCAAGGCCCCAGAGGCCGUCUACAGCCUAGCAUCUCUCACGGACCAAACUAGUCCAGGAACUACCCAACUAGAAUCCAGCGCAAGUAGUCCUGCUACCUGCAUUGCCAGUGACAGUGCAACAGGAUCAGAGGACCUACUGUCAGCUAGAGUCGCAGUAGCAGUCAAAGUGAUAGAGGAAGCUCUUGAGAAGUACAAGAUGGAUGAGAUAUGUGCGGGAUUCAAUGGGGGCAAAGAUUGCACGGCCCUUAUACACCUCUUCCAUGCUGUCGUUAAAAGGAAAUACCCGGAUUACAAAGGCCAGUUACAAGUCUUGUACAUACAGCACCCUCACGGUACAUUCAAGGAAGUGGAUGAGUUUGUAGACGAGUCGGUAAAAAGGUACAACCUGAAGACUAUUUUGAUACAGGGGCGGAUAAAAGAUGCAUUAUGGGAAUUGAAGAAGAGUAACCCGUCAAUCAAAGCUGUCUUAAUGGGAACGAGACAGACUGACCCACAUUCCGCCAGCCUGAGUAACUUCUCCCCGACCGAUGAGGGUUGGCCGGAGCUAAUGCGGGUCAAUCCCAUGCUGUUCUGGAGUUAUCAUGAUGUCUGGGUCUUCCUACGUCGUCUAUUUGUGCCUUACUGCAGGCUCUACGAUAAAGGCUACACCUCCCUCGGCAGUGUUUCCACCACUUCAGCCAACCCCGCCCUUAUGUACACCACCGAGAGGGGCGAGAUUAAGCACCAUCCGGCCCACAAACUGGUAGAAGAGGAACAAGAGAGGUCCGGAAGAAAACCGUUCUCUCCCAAAUGAUGAUGGGCUCCUAGUGAUUUAGACAGAAC